CAGAAAGAACAGUAAAAAUGCAGGCAGGGCGCCGGACAAAGCACUCGGGACAAAAUUGUAUUGAGUGAAUGUCACUUUUUAAAAUUUUGACAUUUCCCGCCGGUUCCAGCCCCUGUAUGUCCCAUACAUCCUGACGCUCGCAGGGGCCAGAAUCCGGAAGACGGAUGCCGGCAUCGGCCAGAGGAAAUGACCGGGGACGCUGCAGGGGACACAUCGCGGGAGUGCAGGACAAAGUAAGUGAUCGAGAGAAUCCCAGAGCAACGCUGCAGGGUAAUCCCGAGUGUAGAUCCCGAGUGUAGCUUGGGG